ACCAUAGUAACGAAUAUAAACAACAAUGCAGAAAAAUGACAAAUUAUUUGUGAUUAAUUACAUGUUUUUGUGUUGAUUUGAACGUCCUUAAAAGAUAAAAAAAAGACCCAAAAAUGGCACAAGAGCAAUGUUUCUAUGAGGGUUCAGCUGAUGAUUUGGAUAUUUCACACCAUUGUCUAGAUGUUGAGGAAAAGUACUUUGCUCAAGUUGUUGGACAUAUUGAAGAUAUUCUUUUAGAUGACAGUUUUCUUAAAAUACAUAAAGAUUUUAUGGAAGAAUACUGGAAAGAAUUUGAGGAAAAUGAAGAAAAUAAACUUAUUUACACCGAAAUAUUUAAAAAAUAUGUUGAAACAAUAGAGAAGUUUUUAGAAAGUGAAUUAAAAAAGAAGAUUCCAAAUUUCAGUAUGUUGGAAUUUGAAUAUGAGUUAAGAAAACGACCCAACGAACUUGUUGGAGAGGUUUUUGAAAUAUUAGCAACUUUCACGGAUUUUGUUUCAUUUAAGGAAAAGUUUUUAGAUUACAAGGCGAUGAAAGAAGGCAAGACGGUAGACUUUUCCAAGGAUCUUUAUGUAGUACAGUAUAAAUUAGAAACUUUGUAACUUUAUUUAAAAAAAUGUUUAAUAUAAAAAACCUUAAUGCAUUAAAAUUUCCAUCUGAA